AUGGUGGGUGUACCACAUAGUACAGGCUGUGCUCUCUGUCGUGAAAGACACAUCAAGUGCGAUGAGGCAGUCCCCGGAUGCACUCAGUGCCAGCGAUAUGGCCGUACCUGUCCAGGAUACCGACGUACCUUUCGAUUCCAAGACGAAGGCCCGAGUCUCGCGCGUAGAAAUCGCUCUCUCCCUCGCAGACGAGGUCGUGGACAGAAUGCGACCCCGAUCACACCGACUCCCGCUGCACCUGCACCUGCAUCUCCACCUGCACGGCAGAUCGAGACGCUCGGGCCCAUACAACCGCCGGAAGAAGAAGGUGCCGGAGUCGCGCCGGUGUUGCGCGAUAACGCGAUUGCGUUAAUGCGCCGUCAUUCGGCGACAAUUUCGCUGGAUGAAAAUGUCUCACCGUCGCUGGUGCGUAAGACGUUCAAAGCGGCGCAGCCACAACUGUUCCUGGAUUUUAUCAGUGCAUCGUUCCCCACCUUGUACUUUCAUAAUCAGUUCCGAGCGGGCAGGGGCCCGGGCUUUGCGGAGCAUAUUAUCAUGAAUUUUGGUCAAGAUGCGUAUUUGGAUACUGCAAUUUGCUGUUUGAGCUCGGUUUAUUUGGCUCAUCUCACGCAAGACCCUCUUCUUUUUCGUACUAGUCGACGGAUGUAUGGGAUUUCGCUGGGUGAGACCGUUCGUGCGCUUUCAAUUGGUGGUCAGGCCACGUCUGAUAAUAUGCUCUGUACUGCUAUGAUGCUGAGCGUCUAUGAGAUGUAUGCCCAAACAAGCCCUGAUGCCUGGGUUGUGCACUCGGAUGCAGUGAGAAGGGUCAUGAUGAAUCGCGGUGCCAGUCAACACAAAACGGGGGUUGGAAGAUCGUGCUAUAUUGCCUUUCGAGGCUUUCAUGUUGCUACCGCCAUCUUUCUGGGGAAACCUUGUUUUCUUGACCAGGAGGAGUGGCAGGACUAUGCUGCUGAAGUCAUGGCGGAGGAUUCCCAGAAGCCGGGGGAGUGGGCAGCUUAUGCCGACAUAUCUGACAAAGCUUUCAUGGAGAUAGCCAAAUGCCCACGAUAUAUUAGCGAAGCCAAAGACCUUCUCUGCAGCACAGGGUCAGUUCAAGCCGUUGAAAAUCUAAUGCAGCGUAUUAGAGAUACUUCUCGACGACUGCAUAUCUUUAUCUCUGAGCUGCGCGCCUGCAUCAGUGCCCAUGGCCAGCGCCAGCAAGGGAUUAUUCGACGUCCAGGUACCUUUGUCGGUCCCGUCCCCGAGAUAUUUCCAGAAACCGGCCCGUCACUGCUUCUCCGAGGAGCAGAAAACAUAAAAGGCACUCUUUGUCAGCUGCGUAGCCGUCUGGAAGACAAGCUACGUUGUCGGGUCGUUGAAAACCUCUCGCCUCGGUCAGGGACGGGCACGCUGAGCGAUGGUAGUGUAGACACAUCAUCGCCACCGGUCAGUCCUGAUGCGUUGACGGUGCCUUUCCGGAUCUAUUCUGAUAUUGGUCGUGGUCCAUCUCAAACCUCGGAUCGGAAUGACCCUCGUGCGGUGAUUUGGUUAGAUCGCGUUGCUUCGUCGAUGGGCGUUCUAGGGGCGGAACUCAUUUCGGAAAAUGCGGGUCCUGUGGAAUGCGCUGAGGAAAGCGCACAGGAGACAUUGAUACCCAGCUGA